GUAUAUAAGUUUAAAAUCAACUUAAACUAUCUGUACUAAAUUUCAUAUAAUCUCGAUGUAUUAUAAUAAUUAAGGUCAAAAAAUUAAAGACCUGGCUGUCUACAAAAAAUAUGUAAUAGCACAAUUAAAUUAAAUUGUUUACUUUUGAGACCUAUCGUACUAUCUAUCUUAUUACGGAAAGCACCGGCAAAGGGAUCAUCGACUGGAGAAAAUGGAAACUAUUAGAAUUAAAACUGAACUUCAAGAUGAUACCGAACUCAACAGUCAGUCAGAGCUGGAUGUGGAGCUCAAACAAGACUUGGAAUCAAAGACUACAGUUGAAAUCGAGUUCAAGUCGGAAAUUGACAUUGAACCUACAAUUGUGGGAGAGCCAAUUAAACUUUAUGACAUUGUAAAGCUGCGAGAAUUUGGUGAUGUGCCCUUUGUCAUAAAACGAAUGGAGCCCCAGGAUUUCUCCAUUAGCUAUCGCAAGGCCGUUAGCAGCGUUGAGACGAUUUUGGAGCGACUGCGUCGCAACGGAGUGCCCACUGGCAUCGGCAUUGCCUUUCGAAUCGCAAGUCACACACCUUCGUCAUGCAUAUUAAUUCUCGCCAUACUGAAUCACAAAUGUCAUUUCUAUUGCAACGACAAGAUGAUGUUGUCGAAGGCCUUGCACUCGCAGAUGUGCCGGGCUGGCAUCGAUUACUUGAUUGUCAAUGCACACAUGCCGGUGGGUGCUGUCUACUUUGAAAGUCUCGACAGCUUUCUCGUCUACAAUGAGGAGUACAAACUCUUCAAGUUGAAACACACCUCCACUGAAGCUGCGCCCGAGGCAAAGGCUCCACUACCACCCAAUAUGUGCUAUACAAUUACUACCACUGGGACCACAGGAGAGCCGAAGUUAAUUCAUGUACCUUACGAAUGCAUUGCACCAAAUAUAGUGGGCCUAAGUCAAAAACUAAAUAUUUCUAUGGCUGACAUAAUUUACCUGGGGACACCUUGCACAUUUGAUCCAUCAGUUGUGGAGCUGUUCUUGGCAAUGCAAAAUGGUGCCGCUGUCCUGCUCACUCACUAUUCGAUUCGUGAGUCGCCCAAGCGCGUUUUGAGUGCCCUCUUUCCAACAAGUGUGACCACGCCCGGCAUAACCGUAUUACAAAUGACGCCCUCGCUCUUUCGACAGUUCGGUGCGAACGCAAUACGGGAAAGGAUUUUAAGCAGCUCUAGUACACUGAGAGUGCUGUUACUUGGCGGGGAACCAUUUCCGUCCAGCGCAGAGCUGGCCACCUGGAUGGACCCACAGGUGCUAUUACAAAAACAUAUCUGUAACAUCUACGGUAUUACAGAGGUCUCUUGCUGGAGUUUGAUGUACAUUUUGCAGUCUCUGCAUUCUCGCGUACCAUUGGGCACGCCCAUUGAUGAUCAAACUGUGUUGCGCAUCCAUAUUCAGUCGAAAAAAAACAUUCCGAACGCAGGCUGUGGUGAACUUUGGCUAGGCAGCGCUACACGUCGUUGCUAUAUACCAGAGAUAGAUGAUAUCGAAAAUCAGAAGGACCAAGGCACCUCUGUGUGCUAUCGUGCUACGGGGGAUAUCGUGCGGCGCUUUGAGGACGGCUCGAUUGUUUAUGAAGAACGCGCCAAUGAUGUAGUUAAACGAGCCGGUACAAAAAUCAGCCUGGGGCUCAUCACACGCAAGAUAGAGAAAUGCUUGCAUACCAGCGAAUUGGCUACAUGUCUAUGGCUCGAUGAAUUGCAGAAACUAAUCUGUUGCAUUCGAAGCCUUGAGCUUAAGACAAAGAUACAGCAAAGGGCCCAAACGUUUGAUAUAUUGUCCAAACUAAUUACUGCUGAACAACCAGACAGAUUCGUUUACUUGCAACACUUUCCAUGUAAUGCGCACGGCAAGUUGGACAAGAUGCUCCUGCUUAAAGAGUGUACCCUGCUAGCUCAGCCCGCUCAAGAUAUACUUAAAAGCUUUCUGCACGACAGACUGGAAUGCGUGGACGUCCAAACCGAAAGAACUCCAAAAAAACAGCGGCUGGAACGUGGAAGCCCGCAAUGCAAUCUCAGCGGAUAUGAUCUUAGUUUUCGACAUGCCGGCGGAACCUCUUUCCAUGCUAUUACUCUGUGUCGCGAAAUUGGUCUGCAGAUGUGCAUCGACGACGAACAGCGACAUCUUUUUGAAAUGCUACUAGACGAAAGCGUUUCUCUGCGCAGCAUACUGCAGUUUCUAGAUAGCGCCAAGCUGGUGACUCACAACACCAAGCUAAAACCCAUCGAGCCACCGUUAAGUUGUGCUGUUAGUGCUACUAUGGGCUGCAGCACUAGUACCGGCGGCUUGGUCAUUACUCGCUUUGAAAAGCCAGCAUUACAUUUUCAGUUCCACUGGAAGGUCAAUUUCAGCAAGUGCGUCGAUUCACCGGUGGCACAGUAUGAGAGUCGAUAUAUAUGCGUGGGCGCCCACUCGAAACUGUUACGCACUCUCGAUGCUCUGACUGGACAAGAGCAUUGCACAAUAAAAUUGCCCGAUCGUAUUGAGUGCAAGGUUACUUUCCUUAGCGAGCAGUUGGCCAUGGUAGGAUGUUACGACGGUUGCCUCUAUGGAUUCAAUCCAUUGACUGGCGAUCUUUUAUGGAACAUAGAUAUCGGUGGCAUGAUUAAGGCGCAGCCCUUCUUAUCAUCGGAUGGAGAACGAAUUGUCGUCUGCAGCUAUGCAGAAGACUACAAUGUCAUGUGCCUGUCGACAGAACGACAACAGGUGCUCUGGUGCAUGCGCAUAGGGGAAAAGGCCAUUUUUGCUACCCCACUAGAACUGACCAAGCAACAGGCUGUGAUUAUUUGUACAUUAGAUGGUGGAUAUGCUUGUGUCUCACUCUUGGAUGGGUCCGUGAAGUGGAUGCAAAAAUGCAAAGAGCCCUUUUUCGCUUCUCCCGUCUUGCUUGACUCCAGUGCCGAGAUUUUUGUCUGCGCCGAGGUCGCUGGACGGGUACACGCCUGUGAUGUAAAUAACGGACAAAUUUUGGCUACGCAUGCAGCUGAUGGCAACAUAUUCUCUUCGCUGGUAGUAAAGGCACCGCCCACUCAGAUGGGUUACACAUUUGUGCUUUUUGGAUGCAUCGACCAUCAUUUGUAUUGCUUGCGCUGCAAGACGAACGCGGCAAAGCAUGUCUCGUUUGAGCUUCAUUGGAAGGUAGACGUGGGAAGUUCCAUUUAUGCCACACCCACAAUACUGACAAUAGAGCCCAGUGAGAAUUUAGUAUUUUGUUGCGCUACAAAUGGACGCGUUGUGCUAGCCAAUCUGGGCAAUGGACAGAUACAAUGGUUGGAUAAGCUGGCCGGUGAAUUGUUUUCAACGCCGUGUUAUAUUGAGAGCCUUAGGCGCGUUUAUGUCGGCUGUCGGGAUAACUUUUUGUACUGCAUGGGUAUUUAGAAUAAAUAAUGAGCUUAUUAA